UGAUAAAAAAAAGGCCGAAAAUCUUAUUUCUUUUCCUUUCUUGAACAGAGAGGAAAGGCAGUACCCGUCAAGAAUUAUUCAAAUCUUUUUCCUACGCAGAGAGCAAAUCACAAAUGUCGACGUUUUCACCGUCAUUAGCCGUUAUCCCGUUUCUUCUUCUUCUCCUGCCUCUUCUGAAUCUAUGUCUGAUUUCUGCGGAUUCCGCGUUGGGAGGAAAAAUCCGGUUACCCUCGGAGAGGAGCGACGGCGGAUUCUGCGAGGGGAAGGUUGAACCGGGUUCGUGCCCGGUUAAGUGUUUCAGGGUCGACCCGGUCUGCGGCGAAGACGGCGUCACGUACUGGUGCGGUUGUGCGGACGCAUUGUGCAGUGGCGCUCGCGUUUCGAAACGAGGGGCAUGCGAUGUCGGAAACGGAGUUAGGCUGUCGGUUCCGGGCCAAGCUUUGCUUUUGAUCCACAUCGUCUGGCUCAUUUUGCUUGCCUUCUCUAUGCUCCUCGGCCUUUUCUGAUUUCAAACAACACAGUUGCUUUUUUUUUGGUGUUAUACUGCCAUUGACGAAUGUUGUGACGAAGUUCUUGUAUUUUCCUUUUAACGGUCGUUGUCGUUCUUUUCAAACGAUGUCGUUCCAAUCAGCACCAUAUAUAAAACGGCGUAGUUUGGCUUUUA